AUGUCGACGUUGGGAACAAGUUAUUAUGUCGACUCGCGUGUUCUUCCCGAGCAGGCAGAUAUGGCACCGAGGUACUCGUCAGCUGCAGGGGUGGAGCAGGCGAUGCUCACCGAAUAUGGCGGACAGGAGUCUUUCCCUUUGCAGUCGAAAUCUUCUAUUUUUGGUGGAUCUUGGAGUCCCAUCUCGGCCCACCCUCCAAACACAGCCGCUCCGACCUAUAUACAUCACCAUUACACAGGCGGUGACAGCGAUGGCAUGUUUACGCGCUCCUGGGCGUUGGACCCGGUCUCUGCGUCUCUGUGUUUGACGGGAUUACCAUCGACAGCCAUGCAUUAUGAGAUAAAACCCGAGCCUCUGAUAGGGAGUGGUGAAUGUACAACUUUGGAGACGCACACACUGCUUUUGUCUGACAUUGAAAACGGAGCCUCCCUUGCAGAGAAUCCCAGCGAAACCACAUCCACGUCUAAACCCACUGACGAGAGUCCGUCAGCUGAGGAAAAGAGGGAGAUAGAUGCAAAUGACCCUUCAUCCAACUGGCUUCACGCAAAGCCCACCAGAAAAAAGCGUUGUCCGUACACAAAGCAUCAGAUCCUCGAACUGGAAAAGGAGUUUCUGUUUAACAUGUACCUCCCCCGGGAUCGUAGAUACGAAGUAGCGAGAGUCCUGAGUUUGACCGAGAGACAGGUGAAAAUCUGGUUUCAGAACCGCAGGAUGAAGAUGAAGAAAGACAACAAAGACCGGCGGAGAGACAGUUAACUGGUGUUAGACUGACGCUGGAUUAGAG